CCUGCGCGACGGCCGGCACGCACACCAACAUGGCCGCCGGUGCAUGGAUAACACGGGUCUGCGACCGUUCGUGCGCCACCGUGCUCUCAGUCCCUCUCGGCGUCUCGACACGAGCGUUUUGGUUUCGCGAAUCGGUGCGCCGCUGCCUCCCCCUCCUGCGCAAAGCUGCGAGUCGUCGUUGCGUCGACAAGUUGAGAGAGUUUUAAGUGCUUCGCCUCUCCUGCCUCCGGGACACCGGCACUCCGCAACCGACGCUACGGGAACAUCAUGGCCGAGAGCAAGGGCGCGUUAAUCGCGAAAACAGUACAAAAACACGCGGGCAGGGCGAAAGAGAAGUUUCUUCAGAAUCUGGGCAAGGUCGAUCGAACCGCGGACGAUAUAUUCGACGAGCACCUGCAGAACUUCACGAGGCAGCAGAAUUCCGCCAACAGACUGCAAAAGGAGUUCAACAAUUACAUCAGGUGUGUUCGAGCGGUGCAGGCCGCCUCGAAGACGCUCAUGGACUCGUUGAAUGAGAUCUACGAGAGUCAAUGGACCGGACACGAUCUGUUAUACGUGCAGGCACAAAAUCUUGACAUGCUGUGGCAAGAUUUCACUCACAAACUCGCGGACCAGGUUCUUGUACCACUCAACACAUAUCAAAGUCAAUUCCCGGAGAUGAGGAAAAAGGUCGACAAGCGCGGGCGUAAACUGGUGGAUUAUGACAGUCAGAGACACAACUUCCAGUCGUUGCAGUGCAAUCCAAAAAAGAGGGACGAACUCAAAGUAUCCCGAGGGAAGGAGCUGCUGGAGGAGGCAAAACGUACAUACGAACAGCUAAAUUCCGAACUGCACGACGAAUUGCCGGCAUUAUUCGAUUCGCGCGUUCUUUUCCUCGUCACAAAUCUGCAAACGCUCUUCGCUGCGGAGCAAGUGUUUCACACUGAAAGUGCCAAGGUAUAUUCCGAAUUAGAAGCAAUCGUCGAUAAAUUGGCUAAUGAAAGUCAACGAGGAUCUUACACACUAAAGAAGAACACGGAACCGCAAUCACCGAAGUCGCCUAACGCAAACUCGUCCCUAAUAAUUAACACGCAACCGGCGCAGAACAAUAUCUCAGGAGCUUUGGAUGAUACCGCGCCCGUUGCCAGAGACACAUCGCCGACCACCCAGAUAAACGGCAACGCUAACAGCAAUGCUAAUAGCAACGCUAACAGCAAUGAUAACUCUCUCAAUAAUCAGGAUACGUCGCCACAGAACGCAGUCGCGCCUGCCAAAGGAGUCGAAGAGUUGUACGAUAUUCCAGUCGACAGGUCCAUGACUAACGGGGCGGACUCGAUCAUUCUAGAGGCGGAAUAUGAAAAUGCUGCUAAUUUCUCUAUAGGGGCGACAACCGACAAUCUGCCGCCGGGCGUUUUAUACAGGGUUAAAGCCACUUACAAAUACAGCCGUGAGGAUGUGGAUGAAUUGUCGUUUGACGUCGGCGAGAUUAUUCGUGUCGUGGAGUACGACGAUCCCGAGGAGCAGGAAGAAGGCUGGUUAAUGGGUAUGAAGGAAGGCACCAAUGAGAAGGGUAUGUUCCCGGCGAACUUCACGAAACCGCUGUGAGAGCUGUACUCGGUUCGCCAUUUACACUCCAAUGCUCAUCAGAGACAGCAUAUUUUACUUUAAAGUAGUUAGAGAGUCGCGUAAUUAAAUGGGAAAUAAGAACCGCGUGGUCAUGCGAGAACAAUAUUACGCACGACGUAUGUAAAGGUAAACGAAGAGAGAGAGAGAGAGAGAGAGAGAGAGAGAGAGAGAAAGAAAGAGAGCAGGCGAUGGGAAAGAUAAUGAAGAGGAAGCGGGGAGAGAAUUCGUAAGAUGGUUUUGCUGGAGGGUACUGCGGAGAGAAUCAAUCACCCCAAAGUGCCUUUAACCCAGCCACUGUCUGUGCCAACAUUCACUCUUAUUCGUCAAAAAAAAUAUGGGAUUGACCCUCUCAUAUCAAACGGAUACACAUCAUGAAUAAUAAUCAAACGAGAUAUUUAAGCAACUAAAUAAUAUAUUGUAACAUGUACACGCAACAAGAAAUACACGUCACACACGCGAUACACAACGAUAUGCAAUAUUAUAUAAUAUAAAACGAAAUCUAUAUAUUAAAUUAAUAUUAUUUUAUGAAAUUGUACAUAGAUCUAUAUAUACAAUUUAAGAGUAUUUUACGAGAUAACUUUGUGGCCACUGAAAAUUAUUGCUAAGAGACGUACAUCUUCAAGUUUAAGAACAUGCGCGCGCCACUUGGGAAACCCUCUUUCCUCAACGGGUGGAUGGGGCGACCAUUUUUCAAGGUUCAAUUAUCUGUCUGCAUUCGUAAAGUAAGGUUCUACAUUAUUUACUCGCCUACUGUUCGAGAGUCUAACGAUUAGCUCUUAUUACAUAAAAAUCUCGCCACGAUUCACCUGCCAAAUUUUUCAAUGACGUAAUAAUAAAUAUUGAAAGAUGAUACGUGAAAGAAAUAUUAUGAUGUAUAAAUGAGAGGUGAAAGAGUAUAGCUUCUGUGUAUUUAUGAUUGAUGAUUCUUUUCUUGUUUCUCCGCCUUUUGGAGCACCGCGAAUUUUGUCAGCGAAGUCUAUUUAUGAAUUUUUUGUGCGCAGGUUUUAUUCACUUGAAUCCGCAAAUCUCAUGUACAUGUAUGUAGAAAAUCGGAUAGCGACGAGAGAGCGUUUAUUAUUAUAUUAUUUUAUUACUAUUGUUAUUAUAUAUUGCUAUGGUUAUUAUCGCUACCGUAUCUAUUCAUGUCGUCAGGAAACGAAUACAUAACGAUCCAACCCCGAAACUUUUGUAGACUCAAUCAAUACUCGUUAGAUCUGCCGAAACAAUCUUGUAUUCGCAUCUUGUGUAAUAAAUAGUGUUGUAAUAAUAUAUAUAUACACGUACAUAUUUAUCACAUCGUUAGCAUUAAAAGAAAAUAUCAGCUUAGAGAGAAAUUGUACGUCUUUAUUUUAUCAUGCUGGUCCAUAAAACUGUAAAAGUUCAAGUGCUCUUUUUGAAAAAGAUUCACUUAUUUCGAGGAUUGAUUUAUUGUUAUGCAAUUAAUUAACACGGAUUAUUAAUAAGUUCUUCUUACUUAAUUUCUCGAAAAAAUAAACGCUUUUACUAAUUA